AUGGCCAGCUCUAGUGAAGAAGAUCUGAGCACUCUUGUACUGUUGCGUGGCAUGGCACAAGGUAACAUCACGCGCAUCAAGAACAUCUUGACCCAAGCCCAAGCGGACCAGGCUGAGCUGCCUUCCGCUCAAGUGAAAGUGUACGUGAAGAAAGUGGAAAGUGCCUACAACGAGUACCAUCAGCACCACCAGCAGAUAGUGGCGAUUCUUCCUUCGAACAAGAAGGAGGAACAGAACGAGAGGUUCCUGCAAUUCGAGACGUUGCACGAAGAGGUGUCCAUCAUGCUCGAGACCCUUCUCGAGGCUCAAGCCGCACCACCUGCGGCACAACAAGUGCAACCACCGGCGAACCAACAACCGUUGGUCAUCCAGCAAUCUCUUCCUCGCGCCAUCCCCACCUUCGACGGGAGGUACGAGAAUUGGGAACGGUUCAAGAUCAUGUUCCGUGAUGCAGUCGACCGUACCAACGAAGCACCUCGAAUCAAGCUGUAUCACCUUGAGAAGGCCCUCGUCGGUGAUGCGGCGGGAAUCAUAGACGUGAAGACGAUUGCCGAUGGAAACUACGCCCACGCCUGGGAGUUACUGGAGGAAAGAUUCGAGGAUCAGCGGCGAAUGAUCGACAUCCAUAUUGCUGGACUGCUCGGAGUGAAGAAACAUUCGAAGGAGGAUUUCGGUGAGUUGCGAUCCUUGGUCGAGUCUACCACUAGUCACGUGGAAAACUUGAAGUUCCUUGACCAAGAGUUCACCGGCGUCUCUGAGCUCAUUGUCGUCCACCUGAUUGCACGUGCACUGGAUCCUACCACGAAGAAGUUGUGGGAGUCGACGAUAAAGCGAGGAGAACUCCCAAACUACGAAGACACCAUUCAGUUCCUGAAAGACCGCGUCUCAGUUCUGGAGAGAUGCCGCGAUACGGAUGAAGAAGCCAAGGGACAGCGUACAUCGGCGAAACCAGCUACGAGGAAGCAGGCGUUUCCCAAUGCCAACGCAGCGACAGCUCCUCCAUCAGCGGAUCAGCGGUGCACCAUUUGUGAUGAAAGCCAUGUUACGUACAAAUGCUCUGUGUUCAACGGCUUGAGUGUGAGUGAUCGACUGACCAAAGUCAAACAGAAGAACGUGUGCUACAACUGCUUGAGAAGUGGACAUAGCGUGAAGAACUGCCCAUCGAAGAAGUCGUGCUCCAAGUGCAACAAGCGGCACCACACCCUGCUCCAUUUGGAAGGUGGUGCAAUCUCGUCGCAGCCUGCGAAUGAAAAUUCAGCGAAUGGAGUUCCAGGAUCAGCCCAACCAACGGCGUCGGCUGUCAGACAGCAGUCGGCCGAGAACCAGCCAUCAGUGACAGCAGCGCAUUCCAACAACCCGGUGAACCCAGCGAGCCAGGUGGUGUUGCUCACUGCCCUUGUCAACGUUAUGGACCAUCAACAGCGGCCUCGUGUGUGCAAAGCCCUGCUAGACUGCGGAUCUCAGAUUACUGGCCAGGUUCCAUCGGUUAAGAUAAAUUUGGAGAAUUGGGAACUUCCUCAAGGUCUCAGGCUGGCUGAUCCAUCCUUCCAUGAACCUAGCCACGUUGAUUUGCUAAUUGGAAUGGACUGGUUCUACGACAUUAUGAAACCAGGGUGUUUGAAAAUAGACGAUAAUCUCCCUAGCCUUCACGACUCUAAGCUUGGUUGGUUAGUCGGGGGCAAGUUGCUUGACUGUUCUUCCAAUCUUGUGCUGAAUUCCUGUGCCGUUCGAGUUGACCCCGUUGAAGAACUAGUGCAGAAAUUUUGGGAAGUUGAAGGUGUGUCUUCAGAGUUGGUUCUGUCCAGUGAGGAAGAGCAGUGUGAAUCGCAAUUCGCAUCAACCCAUCGUCGAGACGACAGCGGUCGUUUCAUCGUUCACCUCCCAUUGAAGGACAACGCAUCUCAACUAUCGGAUUCCCGUACCAUGGCCUUGCGACGAUUUUUCAUGCUGGAGUCUAAACUACAACGUCAUCCAGAUUUAAAAGCCCAGUAUGAUGCCUUCAUGGACGAGUACGAAUCUCUUGGGCACUGCCGGGAGGUCCAAGAACGCGACGAUCCUCCUGGAGUUCUGAAGUGGUAUCUUCCCCACCAUGCCGUCCUCCGCCCAUCGAACACAACUACAAAAUGCCGGGUGGUAUUCGACGCAUCUGCAAAGGUGGCCGGAUUGUCCCUCAACGAUGUUUUGAUGACCGGAUACAACGUUCAGAGCGAUUUGUUGUCUAUCAUCCUACGGUUCCGGAGGUAUCGAUACGUUAUGAGCGCCGAUGUAGCCAAAAUGUACCGCCAGGUUGCCGUAGAUCCCGCUUUCACUCCACUACAACGGAUUUUUUGGAGAAAGUCGCCCCAAGACCCACUACGUGUUCUCGAACUAACUACUGUGACGUACGGAACGGCCUCAGCCCCUUUCUUGGCCACGCGAUCUCUGCUGCAACUUGCACGGGAUGAACGAGAAACUUUUCCGCUCGCUUCCGCCGUUGUCGAGAAAAAUGUCUACAUAGACGAUGCUCUUUUUGGUUCCGACGAUUUCCUACAAGCAUGUGAGCUUCGAGAUCAGCUGAUAGCCUUGCUCCAGUCCGGUGGAAUGCACCUUCACAAGUGGUCAUCCAACACUAGUCAACUCCUAUCGCCCAUUCCCAGUGAAGAUCGAGACAGCUGCGCAUCUUUCAGUGAAAGUGGCCUCAACGAGGUCAUCAAAACUUUGGGAUUGAUGUGGAAUCCUUCCACAGACGAGUUCUUGUUCCGAUCAUCCCCUUCAGAAAAGGCCAGCAGACCCACCAAGCGUCAAGUCCUGUCCAAGAUUGCCAAGAUUUACGAUCCGCUCGGACUUAUUUCUCCAGUGGUGGUACUGGCAAAAAUAGUUAUGCAGAAAUUGUGGAUCAGCAAGCUGAAUUGGGAUGAUCCGUUAGACGAUACCCUCCUGAACGAGUGGGAGAACUUUCUGAUGUCACUGCCAACUUCGGAGCAAAUUCGCAUUCCACGCCAUGUGUUAUCGAACAAGGCGGCGCGGUACGAAUUGCACGGAUUCGCGGACGCGUCCCAGAAGGCGUAUGGGGCAUGCGUGUAUGUUCGCUCAAUAUUCCCUGAUGGCACCGCAUCGACGAAGUUGGUCAGCGCUAAGUCUAAAAUUGCACCGAUUUCACCCCUGACAAUCCCUCGAAAGGAAUUACUAGCAGCCCUUCUUUUGUCAAGAUUGAUUAGUAAGGUCGAAGCAGCGUUGGAGAUGAGCUUCAGUUCCAUCGUUCUCUGGUCGGAUAGUCAAGUUGUAUUGGCAUGGUUACACAAACCGCUUGGCAAUCUCCAAACCUUCGUCCGCCACAGAGUUACAGAGAUCACAUCGAAUACUAGUCACGUUUGGAAAUAUGUUCGCACGGAUCAGAACCCCGCCGAUACUGUAUCUCGAGGACAGUCUGCAAGAGAGUUAGCUAACAACGAGCAAUGGUGGAAUGGUCCUCAGUUUUUGUACUUCGUGGAUUACCCAGAAGAGCGGCCACAGUCACUCCAAGAUUGCGAAAUUCCCGAACUCAGGGUUGAGCUAGCUGCACUGUCGGUCAUGAACUACGAGGAAUUCCCUGUGUUGACAAAGUUUGCUUCGUUCCGGAAAUGCCAACGGAUUGUUGCCUACAUGCUACGCUUCAUUUCGAACGCUCGAAAGAAGCAGGCUGAUCGAGUGAUGUCCCGGUAUCUUACUAUUCCUGAACUACGGGCGGCAUCAAAUUUGAUCGUUGGAGCCAUUCAGCAUCAGGAGUUUGCCAAGGAGAUCGAGUGUGUACGAGCAGACGAACCCAACCAUCGUCUGAACAAUUUGAAACCAUUUCUCGACGAGGAUUUACUGCGAGUUGGAGGUAGGCUUGGUCAGUCUCAGCUUCCAUUCGGAGUGAAACACCAGCUAAUAUUGCCAAGCAACAACCCCAUCGUGCACGGUUUGAUAAGCGACGUCCAUCGAGAGAAUCACCAUGCCGGAAACUCCAUGGUACAAUACCUUUUGCGACAACAUUUCUGGUUGAUCAACGCGAGAUCAACAAUUCGAAAGAUGCUGAGAACCUGCGUUACCUGCUUCAGGACGAAUCCUACCACAAUUGAUCAGCAAAUGGGAGACCUACCAUCGUAUCGGAUUAACCCAGCGCCAGUCUUCGAGAGGGUUGGGCUUGACUUUGCCGGACCAAUCUACGUCAAGCAGUCAGUUCGAAAGGCGACUCCGGUAAAGGGCUACAUCUGUGUCUUCAUCUGCAUGGUGACAAAGGCCAUGCAUCUGGAAGCCGUGGAAGAUCUGUCCACAGACUCGUUUCUUGCGGCUUUUCAACGAUUCGUGUCCAGACGAGGAUAUCCGAAGGAAGUCUUCUCCGAUAACGGGACCAAUUUCAUCGGAGCAAGGUCAGCACUGCAGGAGCUCUAUCGGUUAUUCAAGAAGGAGACGACCCAGAACAAGAUCUUCGCGUAUUGCCAAGCAAAGCAGAUCGUUUGGAAGACCAUUCCCCCAAAUGCGCCACACUUCGGAGGGCUUUGGGAGGCCGGUGUGAAAAGUGUUAAAACAGUGCUCAAAAGGGUUUACCAAUCCACCUCCCUAACACUCUCCGGACUAUCCACCCUGUUGUGCCAGAUUGAAGCAAUCCUCAACUCGAGACCACUUUAUUCCCAAUCUAACGAUCCGACGGAACCUGAAGCGUUGACCCCUGGACAUUUUAUUGCCAACCGUCCACUAUUAGCAAUUCCCGAACCGUCUGUAGUAGGUAUCCCGACCAAUCGUUUGUCCCACUGGCAGCACAUACAACAGCUUCGCGAACACUUCUGGAAACGAUGGUCGAGAGAGUAUCUCACCGAAUUACAAGUGCGAGGCAAAUGGACCAAACAGAAGGUAAACAUCCAACCGGGAAUGGUUGUUCUCCUGAAGGAUGACAAUUUGCCCCCACAGUGCUGGAAUCUGGGCCGGGUAGAAAGGGUACACCCGGGAGCCGAUAACCUGGUAAGAGUGGUAGACGUUCGAACGAAAACUGGUACAUUUAGACGACCUAUACACAAGCUUGCGCCUUUGCCUAUCUUGGACAAUGAUCCAAAUGUCCAAACUUCCACUUUUUGCCGGGGGGAGAAUGUUCAGUUCGACAGCAGCCAAACUGAAGAAGCGUCUAGCAGUGGCGGCGACAGUUUGCACCACGAGAGCUCCGCCCAUCCAACCAACGCCGAACGAACGACGAUGACGAAGCAGAGGUCGAACAGCGAACGGGCCACAAUAAAAUCAACAGCCAAACAGCGACCAGCAAUGGGCGGAAAUAAGGCGUUUUCAAACCUUCCGCCGUUUACGUUUGCGGGAGUGGAGCUAACCGAUCGAAGACAGAAGUGGAAUAUCUGGAAGAGGGGUUUUGAGAUCUGCCUUAGGGCGGCCAAGAUAAGUGAUGCUAACGAGAAGAAGGAUAUGUUGCUCGCAAAAGGCGGAUUCGAGCUUCAGGAGAUCUUUUUCAACAUUCCGGGGGCAGAUGUGAGUGAGGACAAAGAGCAGCACAUUGAUCCCUAUGAUGUUGCCAUCAGCAAACUCGACGACUAUUUCGCUCCUCAACGGCAUGAGCUCCACGAGAGGUACAUAUUUUGGGCCAUGAAACCUGAACAGGGUGAAACCAUGUCGAAGUUUAUGAUGCGAACACAAAUUCACGCGAAUAAGUGCUAUUUUGGCAAAACUGCAUCUGAAAGUGUGGAAAAGGCAGUUGUUGACAAAACACUGCAAUACGCUCCAGCACAUUUGAGAGAGAAGCUGCUUCAGGUGUCCGAUCUUACUUUGGAAGAGGCCAUUAAACAGGCAGUUUGCUUCGACAAACCCAGCGAAAGCGGUGUGACGCCACCGGGAAACGCCACGAAAAUCGUUCCAAAACGUCCAAUGGUUCCAUCGAGGGUUCCGUUCAACAUCAAAAGAAGCCAUGAUCAAAAUUUGUGA